AUGCAGGGGAAGGGGGACAACACCUUCGACCGUGUCUAUGGCCCGAAGGAGGGUCAAGAAUGGGAAGCUGCCUCCAAGAUCAUUGGCAAGGUAGAUAACUCUACUCCUUCGAUCAUGCGCGAGGGGCCCUUGACAAAUGCGAUGAAGUCUGCGCACUAUGAAGGGGCAGAGACGGACGUCCAGUAUGAGGACAGGAUCGUUGAGGAGGUGCAUCAUGAGCGAUACUUCGAGACUACAACGGGCGCGACCCACCAGAAGCCAGAUUACACCGUGGCAGAGAAGGCGACUCAUGGCUCGAAGAACUAUGCGCAGGAGAUCCGGUGCGGCCCUGCGCCGGAUGUGAUGCCAGCGCUCGAGAACGAAGGCUUGGACGUGCCUUUCCAUGCGCACUACUCCCGGGUGGAGCAGGUGACCAACACCAGGAUGUUUCUGGUAGACCCGGAAUUCCGCGGCAACGUCAAGGCAUCAGCAGCCACAGGCGUCGGGCCCUUCCAUCGCAACGCUCAGUUUACCAAGGGCUGCGACAAGUUCAUCCUCGCUAUCCACAAGGAUGAGGGCCUCAACACGAUGUACGAGAACCUCAAACAGUCCCAGCCAAUGAGGCACCUGGGCGGCGAGCGCGCGGCGGACCACUUUGCUGAGAUCCCCUCUUUGGCAGCGCUGAAGGGCGUCAUCCACCGAAAGGUCCACGAGGCUGGGGCCUCGAAGAACGGGUGA